CGUUAGAUGGCGAUACCCGUUACGUGAUGGUAUUACCAUAGUUUAUAAACGUAUUUGCCAUAACAUACAAUUAUAGUUUGAGAAUAAAACAUACUUUUAAACAAUUAAUAUGAACCUAUAAAUACUGAAAUUUACAAUAUAUAUGAUCAUAAGAUUAUACUCGGUGAUAGUUUAUUACUUUUCUUUCUGCUUAACCUCAAAAUGUAUGGAUCUGUUUAUAACAUGAAUAAUGAUUGUUUUCACACGUAUUUUUCGUGACUGCAACAGUUUAAACAGUUGUCUGAACUUUCUUUAAACAUUAAGUAUAUCUUAUUGAGUUCUCCAUGUGUUCAGUUCUGAAACCAAAUGCUUUAAAUUUGUUCACACGAUGCCCUGGAUUAUAUUGUGGAAGAGAAUUAUUGCUCGAUGGAAAUUGGAGCGAUUGUGGUGCAUGUCCUCGAGGAUUUAGGGCAAAUUCAUCUUCAGUAUGUGUCCCUUGCGAGGAUGAGCCUAUGUUCUACGAUUGGCUGUAUCUCGGUUUUAUGGCGUUAUUAGCAUUAGUGUUGCAUUGGUUUUGUAUUGACAUGGUAUCCAUGAGGCGUAACUUACCGAAGGAAGUGAUAGCCUUACAUGCAUCAGCUUUAUUCGAAGUUGUUGCUGCAGCUCUUAUUACUUUGCAAUUGACCGAUCCCAUAGGUACUUUUGGAAUUAUAUCCUGCAGAGCUACUAAACUUUCAGACUGGUACACGUUACUACACAACCCUAGUCCUAAUUAUGAAGAAACUCUACAUUGUACACAAGAAGCAGUUUACCCCUUAUACACAAUGGUUUUCGUCUUUUAUGCUCUAGGAACUGCUAUUAUGUUAUUGUUAAGGCCAUUGAUAGCUAAGAAAUUUUUACCAAAGCAGGGGAAAUUUUCAAUUUAUGCUGCUCUUUACUUCUAUCCAAUCUUAGCAUUACUACAUGCAGUUGGCGGUGGUUUGAUAUAUUACUCGUUUCCGUAUAUAACGAUAACGUUAUCUGUUUUGUCUAAUGCAACACAUUUUGCAUUUAAAUUAAAUCAGACAAUGAAAUCAUUAUUAUUGAGCUCUGUAUCAGAUAUGAAAAAUGUAAUAGUCAUCUUAGGCCAUUGGCUCCUACACGGAUAUGGCAUAAUGGCUGUAGCGACGCUUCGUGGUGUUAGCGUUCAUCCAGCGAUGCUUGCUUUAGUACCUUUACCUGCGUUAUUUUAUGUUCUUACAGCUAGGUUUACAGAUCCACAUAAACUUCACAUUGAAUAAAUAUUGUUACAAAAAUUA